AUGAUGAUGCAACGUCUUACGCAUCGACUGAAACAGUCCGUCUUGGGGCGACCGCCUUCUCCAGCUAGGAAAUUUUCUCAGGCGGGUAUUCUUCUCGACCCAAACAACAAGCUCGAGGAGGAAACUCUACGAGGCUACUCGCCAGAGCAUUUUUACUCAGUGAAGAUCGGUGAUGUAUUUCGCUCAAGAUACCAGGUGUGCCUCGUUCAUCCUCCGUUAGCUAUGAGUCUAUGCGAGCUACGCAACCGGAUCAUGGAAAGGGUGCUUCCGGAAGAUUUACUCAAACCAACUUUGAUUCACAUACUUCUUGCUCUCGACUUUCUUCACACGGAAGCUAAGAUCGUUCAUACUGAUAUACAAGAAAAUAAUGUCAUGCUCAGUGUGGAGGACGAGUCAAUCCUCGUCGAUUUUGAGGACGCAGAGAGCUCCAGCCCCAGCCAUCGCAAAAUUGUUGGCGAUCGGGUGAUCUAUUCCUCUCGGGACCUAGGGAUCCCAAAGGUGCAUGGUCGUCCUAUCUUGUCGGACUUCGGGGAGGCUCGAUUUACCUCGAGUUUAGGGAAACAGUGGGAGGAUGUCCAACCUUUAGUCUACCGGGUUCCAGAGGUUGUAUUGCGGAUGCCAUGGAAUGAGAAGAUUGAUAUUUGGAAUGUAGGGACCCUUGCCUGGGAUCUUUUUGAGCAGAAGCGUCUCUUCUACGCCCGCGAUUCAAACAGGAACAUCUCAGAUAGCCACCACCUCGCUGGGAUGAUAGCAAUCAUGGGCAUGCCACCAAAAGAAAUGCUUCAAUAUAGCGAGUAUGCGAUGAAGUUAUAG